UUUUUCCUUUCCUACUAUCAGGAAGUGCUCAUGUUUAGGCAGAUAACAUACUUUUUCUUUGCGUGCAUCUCACUGAACCUCCAGUUCCUCCAGUACAGCCAGUGUGAGUGGAGCUCAGACUUUUAUUCCAACUUCUUUUGGCACAUUUUAUCAUAAAGAUGCAGAGUGACAACGACUCGGACUGGCUCCCCGAACACUGCACCAUCAAGCUGGACUUUGCGUCUCGGCGCAUCGGCCUCUUCCUGCUCCACCUGGUCCUGUUCAUCGUGGGAGUGAUCCUGAACCUGACGGUGGUCUGGGUGAACUGGCAGCGACGCCGCACGCAUAACACUGUGAUAUUCUGCAUCCUCAACAUGGGCGUGGCUGACUCCACGCUGAUGCUCAUCUUACCCAUCUCCAUGCUGGAAGCGGCUUUGGAUCAUGUUUGGAUUUGGGGCGAUUUCUUGUGUCGCUUUUCCAAUCUAAUCAUUGUUUCUAACAUCCACGCUAGCUCGUUUUUCCUAGCGUAUAUAUCCGUCGAGCGCUACCUGUUGCUGACACGAGGAUCGGCACCGAAAAUAACAACCACCUCAGAAAAAACCAAGAGGAACAUUGCUUGUGCGGCACUCUGGAUUUUUGCUUUGUUUCUCGGUGCGUUAGAAACGGUACACGUUCGGGUUUUAGGAACCAGUGAACCGGGAUGUUUCUUGGUGCCUGUACAUGACUAUGAGAAGUGGUUCAGUUCUCUUGUUACUAUCCAGUUUUUGGCGCAAUAUUUAGUUCCUGCUGUGAUUAUGGUGACUUUCAACACGCUAACAGCCCGAGCAGUGAGGUCAUCCACUGAGGUUCAGAUCCGUAACAUUGACGACGUUUGGUUCCUGCAUGUUUAUUCCACAGUCUUUAUCAUUUGCUGGUUACCUUUUCAGAUCACCAUGAUCCUCAUUCUGGUGGAUCUGAGGCAUCCUGAGUUAUUUGAUUGCAACGCACUCGAGCAGCUCUUUUUCUCUUACACCGUUGUGAGUGCAGUCGCCUUACUCCACUGCCUUGCCAAUCCCAUCCUCUACAGUUUUCUGAGUCGGAGCUUCCGCAGCAAGCUCAUUAACCUGAUUUUGAGCCAUUUGCCACAAGACCUUGUUGCUAAUCAAGGAACAGAUCAACAGGCUAAUCGAGUUGAAGGUGUGGGGAAUGGAAGGAAGGCAAACAAUAUGGCUGAAAACAACACCAGCCAAUCAGACGCAGGAGAGUGAAAAAGUUUUUUUUUACCAUACACUGUGUUUAAUUAGAAUAAUGUACAGUUAAAUAUUUCAUUACACCACAUAUAACAAAAAUUAAGCUUAUGUGACCAGAAGAUAAUUAAAGAUGUCUAACGAUGAUCAUUAAAGUGUAUUAUGUACAGAUGAGCUAGCAAAUUUCAUUAGAGAAAAUAGUUUGUAUAUUUUAUACACAUGUCCUCAGUUUAUUUCUCUUCACACACAUAACAACAUCAUGUAGUAAUGAAUGCCUUGGACACUAGGAUGCACUCUUGUCAAAUUCAAAGAUACACUAUAUUGCCAAAGUUUUGGCAAAAAACUUUGAGGCCAUUGCAGUCUCCAAGUCACUGAAAUCAGGUGAUGUUUUUCAGGGGUUGGGCUCCGCCCCUUAGUUCCAGUGAAAGGAACUCUUAAUGCUUCAGCUUCAUACCAAGACAUUUUGGACAAUUUCAUGCUCUUUGUGGGAACAGUUUGGGGAUGACCCCUUCCUGUUCCAACAUGACUGCACACCAGUGACCAAAGCAAGGUCCAUAAAGACAUGGAUGAGUGAGUUUGGUGUGGAGGAACUUGACUGGCCUGCACAGAGUCCUGACCUCAACCCCAUAGAACACCUUUAGGAUGAAUUAGAGCAGAGACUGAGAGACAGACCUUCUCGUCCAACAUCAGUAUCUGACCUCACAAAUGCACUUCUAGAGGAACGGUCAAAAAUUCCCAUAAACACACUCCUAAACCUUGUGGAAAGUCUUCCCAGAAGAGUUGAAGCUGUUAUAGCUGUAAAGGGCGGGACAACUCCAUAUUACAUUCAUGUGCAUGGAAAGGCAAAUGUCCCAAAACUUUUAGCAAUAAAGUGUAUAAAA